UAAAGCGUUGUGUCAUUUAGUCCGCGCUGCCUCGUAAUUACCCUGUUUAGUCUGCACUGACAAAUGGUUACUCCAUUAAGGGUUAAUGUCGACGGUAGUGAAAUUCGAUACAGUUCCUGUUGAGCGCGCGCGGUGCUAAGAAUGAGCUUGUUAGGCUACCCGUUGCUUGUAAACGUUUGCUUCCACGCUGCUCAGGUGCAUCGUGGACGCCAUUAGCCGCGCCGAACGGGAGGACGUCAUGGCGGCGGCGGCGGAGGAGAAAAACUUGCCCAUACAGUUGGGAGUUGGUUUGGCAGCCUGGGGGACGAGCGUUAUGGUGGAUUAAGUGAUCAAGAAGCUCCAGUCCUCACACACAAAUGGAGGCGCUCUCCCUAAUGGCCUUGCUGGAGUGCCCUCUGUGUUCGGAGCAGCUGGAUGCAUCAGCCAAGGUGCUGCCCUGCCAGCACAUGUUCUGUAAGGCCUGCUUGCUGAGGCUGGAAGCGGCGCACUCACAGUUGAUCUGCCCAGAGUGUAGAACCCCCGCCAGGGCUCGGACAGUAGGUGAGCUACCUGCGAACAUCCUGCUGGUGCGGCUACUGGAUGGUUUACAGGGGUCAGCGGGGCCUAGCCGGAACUCGCACUACGCUGUGCCCUUUGCCAGGAGCAGUCAGACUGUCAGGGAGGGUCACAAAGAGCAUCAAGGCCACAAAGACGUUUCUUCAAGAACUUCAAUCCAUAGCCAAGAUGAUUCAGAAGGAGAGCUUAUUCUCUCCCCUGUUAACAGCAUUGUGCCGAAACACAGAGCGACACCGAGCGAUGACUGGCUCCACAGACACAUUAGUGACAAUAGUGGCACAUCUGUUUCUGCCAGCAUGCUGCAUGCUGCCCCCCAGACGCCUCAAUCACUGCCCCACCAGCAGUCGCUGGCUCUUUGCCGCACACUGUGUGACUUUAGUCCCAAUGAGAUGAACGUGGAGACCAGCGAUGCUUGUCUUAGCUUCCAUAAGGGCGACAUUCUCACUGUUAUCAGACGGGUGGAUGAACACUGGAUUGAAGCCAAACUGGGCGACAGGAUAGGAAUUUGCCCUCUACAGUUUACAGAGCUAAACUCGGUGGCAACCAAACUAUUGGAGGGAAAGAGUCGACGGAGGAGUGACUCAGCAGAAUUUCAGAAUCGGACGGGGAGCAGGAGCAAAGACAAGGGCCCAGAGGCAUCCAAUACGACCACAAACCAGAGAGUCACACAAGUUCCUGCAAAAACUCCUCUUGCCAGCCCUGUGGCCCCCUCCAACCCGUGCAAACAGCCGAGUCCCAGCAGCAGCAACUUUUCCCGCACGCCUGCUGUGGAGGCAAACAUCAACGGCUUUGACCUCCAGCGACAGUCACACCGCUCCUCCGUGCGACCCCCUGCCCGUGGACACGCGCAUCCCUCGCGCGAUUACUCUCAGCGAGUUCGGCGCCACUCUGACGGCCCGCACAGACACCUGUUACUGAGUGACAAGAUGGCCAACAAGGCUCCACCCAACAUCUCGAUGGCUCUGUCAAACCCCCAAAUUUCUUCCUCUUCUGCAGACAGCAAAAACUCCAAUACGCAGCAGCUCUCAAUCAGUGUGUGUGCUGUGCUGUACUCCUAUAAGCCACAACGCCCAGAGGAGCUUGAGCUGAGGAAAGGGGAGAUGGUGGGAGUGUACGGAAAGUUCAAAGAAGGAUGGCUGCGUGGGUUGUCUCUCCGAACGGGCAAAGUGGGCAUCCUGCCCAGCAACUACAUCACUCCUGUGCUCAGAACGUCAGCCAGACUCCUGGAGACCAAAGCGGCAAGCGCAUCAUCACAGCACAAUCCAGCAGUAGCAAAAAAGCACACAGCUGCUCGGAAUCCUGCUGUGGUCCUUGCUCCUGAUAGGGUAAAUACUGAUGGAGCACUGUACUCAGCAGGACAGGUCUCACAUGUGCCAAAUGGAGCGCAGCACGCAAUGUCAUCCACAGGUGCUGGAAAAUCAUCCUUCUACGGGAGCUCACCAGGUUGGGAGACAGUGAGGCGACUAUUUAACCCACACAGAGGUUUAUCAGCAUCCAACCCUUUCAACCAUUCAUCCAAUUUGAAUGUAACCUCCAACUCGGAGCACUUUGCACAAGUUCAGGCAUCCGGCUACUCGCCUGCCCUGCAGAGGAAGAAAAACGGCGGAAUUCUAGCAAACUCUGGAAGACCAGCAGGCUGGAUGAGUGAGCCGACAGCGCUCUCUGCUGCCCUACUGUCGAAAGACAGGGACUUCACCUCCUCACAUGAGGCAGGGGGUUAUCACCAUGAGAGGCAUCUGUCCAGUGGUCCUCACUCAAUUCUUGUCAGACCUGAUUCACACAAGAGCACUGCAGACAAGCCUGCCAAGUCGGUGCGCUUCCUCACAGAUGAAGACCCCCCACCUCCACGGCGUCGGACCUCCUCCUGGUCUUCAGGAAGCCAAGUUCCGUCCAACUUUGGCCCAGCACCUCUCCCACUAGAAGUAUGGGCACCAUCACUCACCUUGGGAAGAGACGGACCUGGAAUCCUUCUCAAAGACGGAAAAGAUCCAACUGUCAGGAAAGGCAUGGAAACUGUUCUCUCGGAUCUAAACUCAAACUCACAAAAACCAAUGUCAUUGCAGCCGUCGCUAUCAGCUUUGUCAGCUCAGUUCAGCCCCACCAGACACAGAGUGACUUCAACACAUCUAGCCCAGACAGACUCUGAGCUCAGUCUGCUUCAAGGAGAGCUGGUCCUGGUCCACAGACCUCGACCUGACGGCCGUCUCCUGGUUACUCAGGAGACCAGCGGCCAGACAGGCCUGUUUCACUGUAGUAUUCUUCACGCUCUGGAGAGGCUAACUUGACUCUUAUUGCAAUUAAUAUAUUUUUGAAACCCUUUGUCGAGAUCUAGCAGUUGAAAUUGCCAAAAGAGAUUUCCAUGAUGGAGUUUAUUUUUGCCCUGGGUUCAUAUUAAAAUCGAUAUUUUGUGUUUCUUCAGUGUAUGAGCAUGUACUGUAUGUCUCUCGUCGACUGAGGAUUUGCACAUAAACCCACCAAACGGCGGUUACCCUGUUACUGCCCGUAUUACAUACAGUACAUACAGUGCCCUCCCAAAGUAUUGAAACAG